ACCUCUACUGCAGUUAAAAAUACUUGGGGGCGGAGGUUGAAUCCAUUGCUGUUUGACGAUGUAACCCCUCUUUGCACGGAUACGGUGACAAUUUGAAUGAGAAACCCCUUCAUUUUGUGCAUAACCAUCGCAAGAAGGGCUUAUGUGCUCCUCGCCGCUUGAUUUCCGACUCGGGGUGCUCAGUGUUGUCGGGGUAGAGUCCGUUUCAGCUGCACUGCAUCAACAUGGGUGUGAUCGGUGUGCAGCUGGUGGUUACCAUGGUAAUGGCCAGCGUAAUUCAGAAAAUCAUACCUCAUUAUUCCUUUGCAAGAUGGCUACUCUGCAGUGGCAGUCUACGGUGGUAUCAGCACCCUACGGAAGAUGAGUUGAGGAGCUUAGCUGGGAAACAAAAAGGACAGAAGAGGAAAGAUAGGAAGUACAACGGUCACAUAGACAAUAAGCCGCUAACAGUUCCCAAGGACAUAGACUUACAGCUGGAGACGAAAUGUAUCACAGAAGUCGACACAUUAGCAUUGCACUACUUCCCAGAGUUUCAGUGGCUGGUGGAUUUCACAGUAGCGGCAACUGUGGUCUAUCUGAUAACAGAACUCUACUACAGUGUGGCUCAGCCCUCAGGAGAGAUGAACAUCAGUGUGGUCUGGUGCCUGCUAGUACUCACUUUUGUCAUUAAGACCCUUUUCUCUCUAACGGCCCACUACUUCAAACUGGAGGAAGGAGGCGAGCGUUCACUCUGCAUUACUUUUGCUUUCUUCUUCUUUGUCAAAGCCAUGGCCAUUCUCAUUGUCACUGAAAACUACCUGGAGUUUGGUCUGGAGACAGGAUUUGCAAACUUUUCUGACAGUGCUUUACAUUUUCUGGAGCACCAGGGCUUAGAGUCCCAGGGUCCCAUAUCUAAACUCACCUUCAAGCUGAUCCUGGCCCUGCUCUGCUCCCUGAUUGGAGCAUUUCUAACUUUCCCUGGUCUACGAUUGGCCCAGAUGCACCUUGAUGCACUCAAUCUGACCACAGCCAAAUUUACACAGACUCUGCUUCAUAUCAACUUCCUGGCCCCUCUUAUCAUGGUCCUGCUGUGGGUGAAGCCCAUUACCAAGGACUACAUAUUGAACCCUACUCUGGAAAAGGAGAGUGUGCCUUUGAUGACUGAGCAGACGUAUGAUACGUUACGGUUAUGGGCCAUCAUACUGAUGUGUAUGCUCCGGCUCGCUAUGAUGAGACAUCAUUUGCAGGCCUACCUCAACCUGGCCCAGAAGGGUGUGGACCAGAUGAAAAAGGAGGCGGGACGGAUAAGUACUGUUGACCUGCAGAAGAUGGUUGCACGUGUUUUUUACUACUUGUGUGUAAUCGCACUACAGUAUGUGGCACCACUGGUGAUGCUAUUGCAUACAACUUUGCUGCUAAAAACCUUAGGUGGACACUCCUGGUGGGUCUAUCCUAAAGAAGACCUGCCUUGCAACCAUGAAAUGAACUCUGACUCUGUGAUGGGGGCGGCACCAGUAGCAGCCCCAACACCAGCUUCAGUGGUAGAAACAGGAGCCCGGGCGUCAGUAGCCCAGCUGUCAGUGGCCCUGGGAGGCCUGCGGACUGUCUUCAGCCCCUUGCUUUUCCGGGGCCUCUUCUCCUUCUUUACCUGGUGGAUUGCUGCAUGCCUCUUCUCCACCUCCCUCUUUGGCCUCUUCUACCAUCAGUAUCUCAUGGCUGCAUAGCAUCACCAACCCAGCAGUGGAGCAGUGGAAGCCAGACCCCCACAGGGCUACUGUGUGUUCGACCCGAUCAGAAAGGACUGAGUGGGGGUAACAGAAGCCUAUUCCGCUCCACAACUGCUUCCCUCCCCUCCCUCCCUCCCUCUGACCACCUCACAAUGACUGACUAUAUCAUCAGAGCUCCUGGUUCAACUUCCAGUGCUUCCUCCACAGAUGACUCUGUGAACUCUUGUCAUUGUUUUUACUACUACGACCACUACCUUUUUAUUUGAAGAGUAAGAUUUAUAAACCUUAAUUACAGACAGACUGUUUGUAAGUAUGAGUUAGAAAUAUAGUAAUUAGUGUCAGUGGUGUAUUGGCAUAGUAAUGAGAAAUUGGUCCUGUUUCCUGGAUGAAAUUUGAAUGACAUGAGAUAAAAUACUGUAUCGCAGACGCUGAUUACAAUUCAUUUUACAUGUUGAAAUGUGGUGUGGCAGUUCUGCUCAGUUCCACCAGUUUUAGAGAAGCCAGUGGGGAGAGUUUAAUUAAUGUUGUUUUUAAUACUAGUACUAAAACUGAUCACACAUAAUGAGUUUGAUCCAUCAACAUCUUCAGAUUCAUGAUGUCUUUCAUUUUAGGAAGUCCUAAAUGCAGCCUCUUACAGCUUAAUGCAUGUCAGUAGGAGUCAAAUUGCAGGCUGUUCUCGUAUUUAAAUUCCCUCUGUUUUCAGUGGUCACUAAGGCUCCUUAUGGGCAAUGAAUUACAUCACAGACUUAUCCAGGUAAAACCUCUGGAGUUACUCAGCAUGACUGGAUACAUGCUGUUGUUUUAAGUUGUAUUGGUUGGCCUUGACAUUACUGUAAGAGUCAUGCAAUUAUAUUCCAGUCUGUAUCACAGUCCGUGAUAGUGCUAAUUUUCCACAGUGACACAUUGUAAAGAAGCUACAUUUAGGUCACAUACUAUCAUUAAAUAUUCACGGAGGCUAAAGUGUGACUUCAGAUUAGCCUAAAACCACCAUAACUAAUUUUCGGGGAAACUGAUUACUGCCAUACUUGUGCCCCAUGUUUAUCUUUUGAUCAAAACUUUAAAAUAUGUGUUCAAACAAGAUAUCUUGUUUUGCUCAAAUGUCUAAAUUCCAUUGACCACGGACCACGAAAGAGUAUGAGAGAGUCUUAAAAUUUUGCGGCAAGGACCAAUGCGUCACUGUUUGGAGGAGGAGGAGGGAAGGGCAUUCUGGAUAUUCCCAGAAUGUCUGGUUGGGUAGAGCUGUCGGCUAACCAGAGUUAGAGAGAGGACAACCGAAGAAGAGUUGUACUUGCAGAAGAGGCUAAACAUGUGGGUAGACAUCUCAUUGACUUGAAGCUGAUGUAUUUAAAUGUGUGUAGUUGAACUUGCCAUCAAGGACAAACUUCUGUUUCUAAAUGAAAGGCGUUCCAACAGAUUUGUGAUGUUUAAUUUGCAUUGUAACCUCCCUGGUUUUAACUGAGCCAUUUUAGAAACAGUGAGAGAAUUUUAAGCUCUUUCUUGUUUGAGCAGCAGUGGUAUUUUCAAGGGAGGGCCACACUUAGGGCUCAGUCAAGAUAUGUGCUUGUGUCUGUGUGUCUAUCUGCAUGUAUAGGAUCUCUGCUGUAAGUCAGCUGUAGACUGAAAGUGCAUUGUGAUCAAGAUCAGAUGACGUCAACUACUGUUGAUAAGCUACCACCAUGUUCUGCUUUCCUUCUUAACUUUUACCCAUCCAUUGCUUUUAAAGAGAACAAGCUUUUGUUUUUUGUUUUGUUUUGUUUUUUUAUUCGUUUUCUAAUGGAUCAAAUUGUGAAUUUGUAAAAGUUUUGAUUUUUAAAAUGGUGCCAAGAGAGUCUGUUCCCCUGUCCCAAUGUCUGUAGAUUUGGUGUCUGCUAGUGUUUGAAUUUACAACUGGAUUACAACUUUGUGGCCUUCUGUUUUCUGUAGAUCCAUCUUGAUAAAGAGGGAAUCACAAGUUCUGGUUCACAACAUGACAUAACGGUAUUUACAGUGUCUUUGCAUACUGCAGUUCUUUGGUGGGUAAAUGUAUGCACAGUCAUUGUGCUGAUGAAGCACUGGGCCAAUGAUUGUCCAGUCUAUUCAGGAAUGUAGGGCACAUGGUGCGAGAUCAAUUACAGAUCACACAAUCUUGUGGUUCCCCAGCAUUUCAUUUUGUCAUUACAUUUAGUAUAUCAUUUAUAGCUGUUAUUUCUGAAUUCCAGCUCAAUGAAUUUUGUACAGAACACAUUUUACACAGUCAAGCAGCACCAUAUCACAUUUUUAAGCUCCUGAUGUCAAAAGCCUUAGCUUCAGUUUUGUUUGUUUUAAAUGAUGGGGAAUAUGCACAUAAUGAAUGUAUCAAUCCUGCCUAAUUUCUAGAUUGUUUCAUGAAAAUGAUGGUAUUGUAUGGUUAAUUGAUUUAACACUCCCCCACCCCCUGCACUUCCUGACCUCUUUAAUUGUUAAAUCUACCUGUCAAACUAAAUCUAAUUUGUCCUAAUGACUUUUUAUUGAUUGAUUUGAUCUGUUUUUGUAUUUAUUACACGAGUUGAGGCCUGUAAACAUUUCUAAUUUUAACUGCAAACACUUCAUUUUGUUAUUGAAGUGCAUGAUGGCUUAAGUCAGUUUUGAAAUUGUGUUUGACAAAUCAGUUACAGAUUAACCUGUUUUUAUGGUCUGGUCUAGUCAGUUAAGAAGAAGCUGGGAUACUUUCAGAAUUCAGUGGCCUGAAUGAGGCAUUGUUUGCUCUGUUUGUUACCACAGAAAGUGUUUUAUAAUUCAUUGUUUGGUUCACAAAGUAAAUUACACACAUUGUUGUUCUUUCAUGUAUUUAUUUCUGCUUUAGAGUUUUGUCUUAAAUAAAUUAUGUUCUUUA